AUGCUUAACUGUCGACUCUGGUUUUCGGAAAGGCCAAAAAUAUGUUUACUAAAUAAGCUCGCUUUCCCCUGUUUGAGCGAUGGAGAAAUGGCAAGCCAGGGUCGGUUGUUUGACCGAAAAAUAUCAGAGGGAACAGAGCUUAAAGGAUGCAGUGCAACACAUUCACAUGAGGACAAUGUGACCUCGUAUUUUUAUAUCGAAUGGAAACUUUCGCAUGCAUGCACUGGCAUCGCUGGAUGGAAUAGAUUUUUAAUUGAUGCGAUGGGGGUGGAAUACUUCGAAGGAUUUGGCUCUCGAUCUGACUCGCUGGAGCCCCGUCUGUUAAGAAAAGAGAAAAAGGAAAGCUUGCAUCGGUUAAGUGACUCGGACAAGCAUCUCCCCCGUCGCUCUUCAAUCUAA